AAGACAUCUAAGCAAGCGAGCUAAAGUUGGUGUCCUAGCAUGUCAUGUUUACGCUGUUUUUGUUCCUCCUCCGUUUGCCCUCCAUUCUGCGCACAUAUCCGUCCAACCUCAGCGACGUGAACAUGAAGACCAGUGCGCUUUUAUGCUUCUCAAGAUAGCUUAGCUCGUUAGCCGCGAACAAAGAGACGCUGAAGUUAGCAACAAAUGCUAAGUGUAGUGAUUGUGUGAAAAUGUGUAAAGUCCAAAUGCUGAGAGCGUUGGUGAACCAGCGACUGACUGCGGCUUUGGAAGAAAUAUUUGUAGUGUUGGAAAAAACAAUAGCAGAGUACGAGGAGGAACUUUCUCGAGCAAAAGAGGAGAACGAGCGACAACGUCAACUACUGGACGCGGUUUGCAAGAAUCCGCAAACGGAGUCACGCACAGCAGACGUCAGUGAGCGGAGCUCAAGGACGGAGCAGGAAGUGCCCCAGCCCCUCCAUGUCAAAGAGGAAGAGGAGGAGCAAGUGUGGACUCGGGGGGAGUUUCCAGUGACUUGUGUGACUGUGAAGAGUGAAGACGAUGAGGAUGAAGCUCAGUGGUCACAGCUUGAUCAAAGCGAGGAGACGAGAAGAUCAGAGGCAGACAGCCUCUUGGCUCCGCUGUCGGAUAGUGAUGAUGCGAUGUCACACUCCCCUGACACUGGUGAUGAAGACUUUAAAGCCGAUAUGAGAUGUCACAUGGACAACACACACUUUAAAUGCUCUCAAUGCCACAAAAGGUUUGGUGACAGGAGAACUUUGAAGAGACACCUGAAGAUCCACACGGGAGAGAAAACGUUCAGCUGCUCAGUGUGCAGCAGCAGCUUCCAGCUGAAGAAACAUUUGAUCAGACACAUGAGAAUCCACCCUGGAGAGAAACCUUUCAUCUGCCCGUUUUGUUCCGCCAGAUUCUACCACAUGAGCAGUUUGAUACGACACAGACAGACGCACACGGGAGAAAAACCGUACACCUGCUCAGUCUGCUCAAAAAGAUUCUCUCAAAAAGGGCACUUGAUCACGCACACAAGAACGCACACUGGGGAAAAAAGCUUUCCCUGCUCAGUCUGCAGCAUGAGCUUUAGCGAUCGCUCGGCGUUGAUUCAACACCGAAGAACGCACACUGGAGAGAAACCCUUUGCCUGCUCUGUCUGCGGAGGGAAGUUCACUCGAAGAGGACAUUUGAUCAUACACAUGAGGACCCACACAGGAGAAAAACCCUUUGCCUGCUCAGUUUGUGGCAAAAGGUUAACACGCAAGGCGCAUUUAAUAACACACAUGAGGACGCAUACGGGAGAAAAACCAUUUUCUUGCUCAGUCUGCAACACAAGCUUCAGUUUCCGCUCGGCGUUGGCCCAGCACAUGAGGACGCACACUGGAGAGAAACCUUUCCUGUGCUCGGUUUGCGGUGAACGAUUCUCCCAGAAGGGACAUUUGAACAUCCACACCAGGACGCAUACCGGAGAGCAACCGUUCAGCUGCAAUGCCUGCGACUGGACCAGUGCAAUCUGGAACACUGUCACAUUUCCAAAUGUCAUAAUAAAAUAUAAAACAUACUGUACAUCAUCUGAUACCAAGUCAAUACAGGGCUGGUAUCACUUGGAUGUGUAGCAGGAUCAUUGAAUGUUUGUCUGAAAUUUGUUGAUCGUGAUUAUUGUCACAAUAAAACACAGGACAAAGUUUUUCAUCGGCAGACUACUGGACUCGUGUUUGCUUGAUGUUUUGUUACAGCUUUUAUCCAAAAGGCUUCUUAAAAGCCAGAAAGAACAAU